AUGUCUGUUGAGAAAAGGAUUAAUGGUGUACUUUUUCCGACCGUGAUUUUCACACCUGCUUUCAUGACAGAAGAGUGGCAUAAUUUUUUGUUUAAGGAUGAAGAUGUCUUGCUGCUAACCUACCCUAAAUCAGGAACAAACUGGAUGAUAGAGAUUCUUUCCCUGAUUCGUUCCAAAGGCGACCCCAAGUGGAUUCAAUCUGUGCCAAUCUGGGACCGUUCCCCCUGGAUAGAGACAAAAAAAGGAUUUGAGGUAUUAAAGGAUCAGAAAGGUCCACGAUUUAUGACUUCCCACCUUCCAAUUCAAUUUAUGCCCAAGUCAUUCUCCAAUGCCAAAGUGAAGGUAAUUUAUGUCAUUAGAAAUCCCAGAGAUGUUCUUGUGUCUGGACAUUUGUUCUGGAAAGGCUUAAAAUAUGUUCAAGAAGCAGAAUCAAUGGAACAAUAUUUUGAUUGGUUCCUUCAAGGAAAUGUGCCCUAUGGAUCGUGGUUCGAUCAUAUCCAUGGCUGGAUGCCCAGGAGAGACCAGGAGAACUUCCUGCUGCUGAGUUAUGAAGAGCUGAAAAGGGACACAAGAAACAGUGUGCAGAAGAUCUGCCGAUUUCUGGGCAUGGAAUUAGGCCCAGAAGCCCUGGAUUCAGUCCUCGAGAAUUCUUCCUUCCAGGCUAUGAAAGACAACAAGAUGUCCAAUUAUUCUCUGGUGGAUGGUGUUGCUAUUGAUCUAAAGACAUCAACCAUGAUGAGGAAAGGUGUAUAUGGAGACUGGAAAAAUCACUUCACAGUUGCGCAAGCAGAAAUCUUUGAUGAAAUAUACCAGGAGAAGAUGAAAGAUCUUCCUCCAGAGCUAUUCACAUGGGAAUAA